AUGGAUGAAGAGUACGAUGUCAUUGUGCUGGGCACCGGCCUGACAGAAUGUAUUCUGUCCGGUAUUAUGUCUGUCAAUGGAAAGAAGGUCCUGCACAUGGAUCGGAACCCCUACUAUGGCGGAGAGAGCUCUUCCAUCACCCCUCUGGAGGAGCUUUAUAAAAGGUUUGAAAUCAAUGAUGGGCCCCCUGAGAGCAUGGGAAGAGGACGGGACUGGAAUGUGGACCUGAUCCCCAAGUUUCUCAUGGCUAAUGGCCAGCUGGUAAAGAUGCUUCUAUACACUGAAGUUACUCGUUAUUUGGACUUCAAAGUAGUGGAAGGGAGCUUUGUCUACAAAGGAGGAAAGAUCUACAAGGUGCCAUCAACCGAGACUGAGGCUCUGGCAUCCAACCUCAUGGGCAUGUUUGAGAAGCGACGCUUCCGCAAGUUCCUCGUUUUUGUGGCCAAUUUUGAUGAGAAUGACUCAAAGACAUUCGAAGGAGUGGAUCCCAAGAGUACAACCAUGAGAGACGUCUACAAAAAAUUUGACUUAGGCCAGGACGUCAUUGACUUUACAGGACACGCUCUGGCUCUAUAUCGAACUGAUGACUACCUGGAUCAGCCAUGCCUGGAAACUAUAAAUCGUAUCAAACUAUACAGUGAGUCUUUGGCGAGAUAUGGAAAGAGCCCCUACCUGUACCCUUUGUAUGGACUUGGUGAACUGCCACAAGGGUUUGCUAGGCUGAGCGCGAUCUAUGGUGGAACAUACAUGUUAAACAAGAGUGUAGAUGAGAUUGUAAUGGAGAAAGGAAAGGUGGUGGGAGUAAAGUCAGAGGGAGAGGUGGCACGUUGCAAGCAGCUGAUAUGCGACCCCAGCUACAUUUCCGACCGAGUGCGCAAGGCUGGUCAGGUCAUACGCGUCAUUUGCGUCUUGAGUCAUCCUAUCAAGAACACCAAUGAUGCCAACUCUUGCCAAAUCAUCAUUCCACAGAACCAGGUCAACAGGAAAUCAGACAUCUAUGUGUGUAUGAUCUCCUACGCACACAAUGUGGCCGCACAAGGAAAGUACAUUGCUAUUGUCAGCACCACAGUGGAGACACAGGAGCCCGAGAAGGAAAUCGAGCCAGCCCUAGAACUGCUGGAGCCUAUAGACCAAAAGUUUGUUGCAAUCAGUGACUUGUAUGAACCUACUGAAGAUGGAUCAGAAAGCCAGGUGUUCUGUUCACGUUCCUAUGAUGCCACCACACAUUUUGAGACCACAUGCAAUGACAUCAAAGACAUCUACAAGAGAAUGACUGGAACAGACUUUGACUUCGAGAACAUGAAACGCAAGCAGAAUGAUGUUUACGGGGAGGAAGAACAGUGA